AUGUGUGCCCUUGCACUCCGCUUCAGCCACUCCCCCCGCCCUCCCAUCGUCCCCCCGCCCUCCCAUACUUCCCCCGCCCUCCCGUCCUCCCCCGCCCUCCCAUCCCCCCCCCGCCCUCCCAUCGUGCCACCGCCCUCCCAUCCUCCCCCCGCCCUCCCAUCUGCUAGUAGUGCAAGGGGGAGCCUCUCACGCUCCACCUAUCGCGUGACUCCUCUUCUCAUGAGCAAGCACAUAUAUCCUCGCACACCCAUCCUCGCAAUACCUCCCAUCUCCUCCAUGCCUCCCACCAUUGCCAUACCUCCCAUCUCCCCUAUUCCUCCCACCAUAGCCACACCGGCUCAUUCGCUUCUGCUAUGGUGUCUGCCUCUCCUUCCCCCGCCUCACACCCGCACCCGUCCUCCCUCUCCGAAGUUGCUUGGUUCACCCACACCCGUCCCCUCUCUCCCCCUCCGCGGUUUUCCUAGUUCCCAAGCUCAUGCCCUGCUACCCGCCCCCACCCGCCUGGCCCCUUCUAUAGCUUCUGGAGCAAAAUCCUGCCCCUUCCCUCUCUCCCGCCCUUCCCAGCCCUCCGCCUGCCCCUUUUGCCCUCCUCCCCCAUCUUGCUCUGCUCGCUGCUCCCCCUUCUCCUGCCCCUCACCUUGUUUCCGCCAAACCCAAGCCACGUGCCCAGCAUCCCCCCUUCCCCUUCCCCACUCCGCGCCUCCCGCGCUCUGCCUCCCCUUCUUCCUUCCCGCGUUCGCCCAUCACUGCUGCGCCUCUGCGCUCCCCCUCACAAUGGCGGCCAAACUGAUUUCCUGCCCCCCUCCGCGGCCCCUCCACGCCCCACCAACCGCCCCUCCUCAAACUCUGCGCAAACCAUACGCGCCAGCAUCCCCCCUUUCCCCUCCCCCAUUCAUUGGGCCACCCCUCCCCACUCCACUGCUGCCCCCAUUUGCGCUCCCCCUUCUACUGGAGCUCAAAACAGUUACGCGGACUCAUGCGAAGGCGGAGCCGGCGGUGGCGGUGUGGUCAACUGAAAGCCUCACCUGCUACUUGCCUGCGCUUUUGCAGAGUUUUCUUUUAAGAAUUCUUAAAAAACUCCCUGCUCACCGUGCCGCCUUUUUGCCCUCUCUUUUGUUCCCAUACCUUCACCUCCCCUCCCACCUCCCUUCCCCUCUCCUCCCAUCCCUUCUCGCCUCCCUUUCUUCUCCCUCGCCCUUGCCUGCGCACCCCUUUCUCAUCCGUCCGCCUCCCAUGCAUCUCCCUCUCGCCCACUCUCUGCUCCUCCCUCGCCUCUCCCCUCCAUUCCGCUUCCACCUCUCCUGUCGCCCUUCUCUCCUCCCUGCCCUCCACCCCACCCACACUCCCCUGAUCCCAAACUACCCUCUCCCACCUCUGGUCCCUUGCUUCUCCCUUCCCUGGCCUCACCCUUCCCCCUCCUAUCCCAACCACUGUCGCAUCACACACCCCUUUACGCCUCUCAUGCUCCAACCAUCCCCAUGCACCACACCCUCCUUUUCCUCCUCUUCCUCUCCCUCUCCCUCUCCCUCUCCAUCUCCCCCCCCCUCUCCUUUUCCCUCCCACCGAUCCUCCCCUAUUCCCUCCUCUUCCGUUACGUCCUUCUGUUCCCUCCCCCUCCCCCUCCCCCUCCCCAUUCUCCCCCGUCUCCCCCUCCCUUCCCAACCCCGCGCCUGUCUCGCCACCACCACCAGACGCUUCAAGCAGCUCACUCGCUUCUGCUUCGGUGUCUGCUUCUCCUUCCCCCGCCUCACACCCAUGCUCUUCCACGUUGCUGCCUUCACCCGCAACCGUCCGUUCCCGCCAGUUUCCCUCCGCGUCCCUCCCUACGCCCCUCCCUCGUUCCCCCAAUUGUGCCCUCUACCCGAGCUACCUAUCACCCCUUUCCCGCGCUCUCCUCCCGUUCCUCUCUCCUGCCCUUCCCCAACCAUCUGCCUGCCCCUUCAAGGGGCGAAGUUCGCCCCUCCGCCGCCCUGCUGCCCCCCGUUCUCCCACCCAUCUCAUCAUUUCCGCGAAACCCAAACCACAUGCGCUAAUAUCCCCAUAUUCCCCUCCCCUUCCUGCAACUCCCCCCCAUUCCGCCUCCCCUUCCCCCACCACACGGCCACCCGUAAUUUAUGCCCCUAUCUGCGCUCAAACCGAUUUUCGUCGGCUCUCGCGGAGGCGGCGGUAGAGGCGCGCGUGCAGCGGGAAUGGCGGCGGUAG